UGGAGAAGUCGUGCAUAUGUAAUGCUCGUUUGAGUUUAAACUGCAGAGCGGCUGCUUGUGGCUCCGCGCCAGAAAUGACGAUUCUUACCGGAGCUUCCCGAGGACCGCCGAGCUCAAAUGGUCCACAUACCCGACAUUAACCGAAACUCUUCAGCUACUCCCGAUUUGGCCCCUAUUGAAGUCUGUUGUUGUCGGGUAGGGGGUGAUGGGGUGGACGAGAUUAGCGAAAUAAAGAGAAAAAAAAGGAGAUUUCCAGAAAGCCAUCACUCCUGAGCCCCUCCCAGUUCUGUGAUUUUCGGAUUCGAGGACUGACGAAGAGACCGAGCAUUCAAGAUGAAAGUAAUCAGCGCUGCAGUGCUUAGCGCCCUGUUCUGCACCGUUGUGUCAACAUCUUUGAAAGUUAAAAAGGAAGACAAGACAGCCUUCUUUGGAGAGGACAUUCACAUCGACGUCCCGCCUGGGAACCUCAGUGAGGUAGUGUUCAAACCCAGGACCAACCAGUCGUCUGAGGUGGUUCUGCUGCGAGCAGGUGUGGUGGUGACCGAGCGGGGCCAUCUCAACUCUCGGGGCCACCUGGUGCUGGAGGACAUGCAGGAGAAGGACGAGGGGGAGUACAUCAUUAAGAACACCAACAACAACAACACAGCCAAGCACCUCAACCUCUUUGUCAGGGAUUGCUCUUUGGAGCAAGUGGUGAAGUACGGAGAUACUUACUACAUCCAUCUCAACCAGGUGGAAGGCCCCAUCACUCUGGAGUUCAGGCCCGGUCUGGUUCAGGCCAAUCAGAGUGUACAUGGUACAACAGAGCCUCCGCCCGUGGUGCUGUACAACCAGACGGCGGUGCUGCCAGAUUAUGUGGGCCGUCUCAGCGUGUCAGAGAAGCAGGUGACGCUGCACUCGGUCAGGAUGACGGACGAGGGGAGCUUUACAGUGCUGGACCAUGAGGGCAAAGUCAAGAGGAGGAACUGUCUGAAUGUCAGAGAACACCAGAACUUCCUGCAUCCCUCCCAUGGAGAAAACCUGAAGGUGAAACUCUACCGGCACUAUGCCAAUGUUAACAUUGUCUACAGGCCCAAAUCAGGCAAUCAGGACCGGGUCAUCCUGGACCAGGGGGUUCUGGUGACGCCGCUGGACCCUCUGCUGGAGGGCAGGCUGACUGUGGAGGGAUCAGAGCUCAGCAUAAAGAAGGUCCAAGUGGCAGACUCGGGUGUCUUCAAAGUGACAGACCAGGCUGGGUUUCCCGUGGCUCAUGUCUACGUAGAGGUAGAAGCCUAUAAGCUGCCUCCCCUGACAGUAGCCAUCCUCUCCCUGCUGAGCGUGAUCGCCUUCAUGCUGCUGGUGUGCCUGCUGUCCUGUGUCUAUAGAAUGCACAAAAGGAACGAGAAGAACAAGAAGCUGAUCCUCAUUGCUCAGCAGGCCGGCAAGGGAGACGGCGAAGCUUUCAGACAGGUAGUCCAUGAGGCUUACAACAGGUUCACCGAGGAAUCUCUGAUGCAGUCUGUGAGUGAGAAGCCCACGGAGAGCACCGAGGUAACCAUAAAGGGCCUCGAGGUGUCCAAACCGGGCCGCUACCACACUCUCUCCUCAGACAAUUUUCUGGAGAUGAGUGACUCAGGAGUGGAGUUCACACACUCUGGCCUCCCACUGGACAGUGACACUGAUGCGAUGACCUACGCCUCCCACAAGCCCCUCCUGAAUGCCGUCUUUCCUACAGCCAUGACCGAAGAAGUUCACAUCGACAGCCCGGAGGCCACCGUGGCCCCCCACAGCGACCUCAGCGCCAGCCAGACCCCUGUCUCCGCCAUGAGUGCCAGCCCUGCCUCCAAUCCUCGCUCACUUGCAGCUGCCACCCCCGAUGGCAGCCUGCACGGUGCUGUCUCGCCAGGAGCGGCCUCCGGGGGCACAGCUGGGUCGGAUUUAGCCAAAACGGAGGGAGGGGCUGAGAGCGAAGAAGCUGGGCAGAAGGAGGAAUUGGCUCAGAGCACCUGAGAGGAUGCACCAGGGUGUAUUUUUUUUUUAACUCAUGGUCCUCAUACAGUAAUGACAUCCACAAUAAUCUGGCUCUGUCUAUCAUAUCCAAACACCACCAAGUCCUUGAACACUGCAUUUAAAACAACAUCAUAGACAAAAUAUUCAUGCCUGGAUUCAGAUGUCAGUUUAGCCUAAAAGAAAAUAAAAAUAAAAAAGGCAGUUGCACAAAAUGCACAAUACAAAAUGUAAUGCACUUAGCACUGAAAAAAAUGGAUGCGAAAGGUCAACCUUUAGCUCUAUCAAAAGAAGAACAAAGUCAUUCUGUGCAUAUGGAAAAUGCAUGCAUUUAAAUUAAACAUUAAAGUAGAUAUAGUUCAAAUCUACAGGAAGAUGCUGACGUUAGAGUAGACUGACUGCAUGCAAGCUUCAACGGGCCGAAGACGCACCGGCUCAAAGGGAAGUUAUGAUCAUGUGAAAAGGGAAAAUGCUCUCAGCACUUUCAGGAAAACACCUAAAUGGGAUCAAAUUAUUUCACCACCUGUUGAACGUUGUCAAAAAUAAUUACAGGAGCCUGACAGUUUUGGCAGGUGGAGUCAGCACGCUCCAAGUAAUCAGACAAUAAUUUCUAAGACCGAGGCUACUUACAGCAACAGCUAAGAGCUUCUCCUGUAUGAAGUCGAAUCUCAGUGCGUUGCCUCUGACAGCACUUUUGUCUGCUCUCACAGCAUCAGACAAACACUGCGAUGAUUGCAUUUCAUCCCACCCACACACAGACUCUAUUAACAAUACGAGUUUGUCAGAAGGCGUCUCCGCCUCCCAGACACAAUUCCUUGUCUCAGCACUUAUUCACUCUGAUAUCCAUGAGAAAACCCUUAACGUAUUCUUGCUGAAAAACCUGCAAGCUCUGUAGAUUGAAUAACACCACUUCAUCUCCAGUGGUUGUUUUCCUUUCUGUCAUAUAUUUUGUGUCACGUCUCCCACAUUUGAAGGCGUAAUCUAAAGAAACCUGUGGAAACGUCCGCCUCAUGUCACUCAUACACUAAUGAUAAAUUCUAGAUAAAACACCCACAAGAACGAUGGCUAACUGUAGAAACUAUCCUCAUCUGUUUUUUUUUUUUUUGUUUUUUUUUUUCCCCGAGUGGAGUUGUCACAAGCAAACAGUGCAAAAUAAAAUUAGGAGAAGACUGUGCAUCACUCCUGGGACUUUUGGAACAACUCCCGAGAACAUAAUUGGAUUCUUGGUCUCUUUUCAGAAGGACCAAUUCACGGACACCAUAGAGUGAGGAGCGGUGAUAAAAGAGACGACAGAGAUUGAACAGGCGACUAUUCGGGGAACAGAUAAAUGACUUGCAUGAUUUAAAGCGUCCUAUUUUCCUCUCAGCUCCCAUCCGUCGGACGGAGCUCUGAUUAUUGUAGCCCAGUUGUUUUGCCAAAAUGAAGUGACUGGAAAGCAGUCGGAUCAAUCUAAGAUAACGAUGCAGCCUACAGCCCCAACGGGAUGAGACUGAAUAACAGUGAUUAUGAAAGGGGUGUGUGGGUGUGUGGGUGUGUGUGUGGCGGGGUUCAUACAAGCAACCAACACUAUUAGACAGUCAAUGCUCUGCAUGGAGACGUGAUUCCUUCCAGCUCAGGAAAAAUAGGAAAUGAGAAAGAGUAUAAAAAAAUUCUGAAUGAACGGUUAAUAUCAAUAACGUACAAAAAUGGUAAGUCCUUACAUUUGCUGCUUGUGCUCUAUGACUUCAACCCCACCAACUGUGCAACAUACAAUUCAGUCAUGCUACUAUUGACUGUACCAGUAAUAGUGUGUAGUAUGUAUGGUAUAGGAAGGUCAAAUGUUUACAACCACUCCAGUUUAAAUAGUAUUAGUAUAGUAUUCAUUAUAUUCUGUGACCAGGUUAUGCCUUUUAUUGAGUCAAGGGCAUUCAAAUCCCAAUAACUUCUAGUUCUUACUGUAUGUUUCUUGCUGUAAAGAGCUCUAAAGCAUGUGUGGGUUUUAAAAAGGACAGAGGAUGGUGGUGCAGAUGUACCACAGGUAGCUCUUAAAUGUCAUCCUUGGAUAAUAUCUGUAGUCACGGUUUUUGUUCAUCUUUAAUUACACACUUAACAACAAUAAACACAUUCGGUCAAAGAAAGACAAGAUGAGUAAUGCCACAAAAAUACAGAUGAGAGAGAGUGGAAACAGUGGCAUAAGUUAAAAGAUACUUAAAGAGAAGCAUGAACAGUGAAUUAAAUUAAACUCUCGCAGCCAUUACAACUGCUUUUGACUAAUUGGUUCCCUUUCCUUGCUGUGGAAGAAGCCUGUGGGCUAAUUCAGGUCACAGGAAAUUAAUUUACAUGAAAGACAUUUCACAGAAUGAGAGCGAGACAUCUCACACUGCUGAGGAAACUUUGUCCAAACCAAACAUGUCCUCCCCUCCACGGGCCGAAACAAUCUGUGCUAGCUGCACACCGAAGUGCAGCACUUUUACACCUUUGGGGGAUCAAUCACAUACUUCACCUACUGAAACACACCAAAAACACAGUUGUCUUUAUCACAACCAGCAAGUCCUCCAAACAAUACGACCAUAAAGGUUGUUCAUUCCUACCUUCUAAUACGACACAUAGGAGCGUUUUCCGUCCUCGUAUCUAAACGUAACAAUUUGGUUAUUUGAAGCAACAAAAAUUGCCAUUUUCAUAUAUAAACUCCAGACAGUGUCUGAGAUAUCAGGUCCAAACAUAGUCAGGUAUGUUUAUAGUCAGUAUCCCUUUCACACAUGUUGCACACAGCAGGAGAUUGUCCAUGUCAAAUGCAUUCUCACUUACUGGAAACCACCACCCCAACCUUUCUUCUUAUGGGGAAUUUGGUGCUCUUAUAUUUCCUGCUUAGCUCCCGUCGCAAUUACUAUGGCCACUAGAGGGUGACGCCGCCUAACAAUAAAAAGUAAAUAAGGGUUGUAAUUGCGAUUGUACAAACAACUUAUGGAGUCAAUUUUCAGGGGAGGACAGUCUCAUCAUUACAGGGCUUACUGUCCCUAAAAUCCCAUUUAGAUGUCCCUCAUAUUGUUGCCAUUGACAGCUGUCAGCAGUAUGGCUACCUCAGCAAGCAGUCAGACAGACAGACACAGGUGUUUGGUGUCUGGACAAGAAAAGCACAACAUUUAACAUGUGAUCCUUUUGAAACAAGAAAAAGGUUCACAUUGUAAUUAAAAAAAGG